GCCUGUACCACGUGACCGGCGGUCAUGUGACGAUCAGCUGCGGUCUGUUUGGGUCGCGUUUCUGGUCAGAGCGAGCCCUUCGUCCUCGUCCCCGAGUGUUUCUGUCAGGGCGAUGCUCGGCGGGGAUCCCGGCGCGCUGGAGGUGCGUCUGCUGGCGGAGCGCGGCGCGUGCGGGGCCCCGGGGGCCGCGGCGGCGGCGGUGAAGCUCGGCAGGGGCCCGGCGGUGCUGUGCUCUGUGGACGCAGCGGGUGUAGUAAGAGUGAGGAGCAUCUCUGAGAGCAGAGCGGCGCUCCACACGCUCCAGCACACCUGCACUGAGGUUCUGUGGGAGGAUCAGCAGGAGAGCAGCGGGAGAGAUGUGAAGCUGAAGCUGCUGCUGCUGGACUCUCAGAUGACUCUGAGUCUGUAUGAGCUGGAUCUUCAGGAUCAGCCUCUUCUGCUGUGUGAGAGAUCGUCUGAUUCGCUGCUGCAGUGUGUUCAACACAAACACCCCGACGUGGCGGAGCUGCUGUCUCUGAAGCUGCUGUGGUUCUCUGACGGCCGCUGUGUUCUGCUGCUGAACACGUGUCUGCUGCUGCAGCUCUGCUGGACGGACGAGACGGAGCAGCUGGAGACACUGACCUGCGUCCGGCUCGCUUCACCCCUCCAGACCGACGACGUCUGCGCCGACUGCCAGCUCUGUCGCGGCACGCUCUUCAUUCUGCUCCGGAGCGGACUCACGCAUGUGUUUGACAGCACUGACGGGAGACUCUUGGCCUCGGUGGAUUUUCUCUCGUACUGCGGUCUAGCGGACGCGUCUCCGGCCGCCGAGUCCUUCUGCCUCUUCCAGGUCUCACAGGAUCUCAGCACGGCUGUGAGCGUCACCCGAGGGAACCGAGCCCUCGCCGUCGACCUCAACCACUACUUCAGUGAGCGUCCAGAUCACCUUCGCUGUCGCUCUGCCCCUAACCGGCCGUUCCUCAGGCCCACUGAAUCGUGGGAUCAGGACGGUCUGGAGAGCUCCGCCCACAGCCGCUCGGUCCUGGGUAAACCUCUCCAGACGGACAGGUCGUGGGAGGCGCGCCUGUCAUCUCUGUACGGUCGAUCUAAAGCGCCGUCUCGCCCGGUUCAGGGCUCACCCUGGUUCAGAGGCUUCCCUCACGUGGAGUGCCGUCGGGCGUCAGCCACCGCUAAACUCUCUCAGGCCUCCGUGAAGCCAGGGGGCGCCGUGACCAGCUUCGACCUGCCGGACGGGGCGACCGCCGAGGGCCUGAACGUCUCCGAGUUCUCUGCGCUCGUUACCUUCGUCUGUCCUGGAAACACAAACACGGUUCUGGCCUACUGGGAUCUGGAGAGUCGGAGCGUGACGUACCAUCUCUCGGACGCCGUCCCCGUCCAGAGGUCCUCCAAGGAGCACCUGAGUCUGCUGCUGAAGCCGUCGGGUCUGUCCGUGGUUCUCUUCUGUGUGACUCAGGACGAGCUGUUGAACCGGCUGAUGGUUUUUGGCACGGCGGGUACAGUGGACUCUCUCUGUCAUCUGAACGAAUGGGGACGCUGUUCAAUACCCAUACAUGCCCUGCAGGCCGGUCUGAAGAACCACCAGCUGGAUACGGUUGAUUUCUUCCUGAAGAGCAAGGAGAACAUCCUGACCCCGGCGUCUGGGUUUGUUUUGUCCGAUCAGACGCCCGCCGUCUCGACCCAAAGCCUUCUGAGGAAUGUGCAGGCUCUGUGCCCCGCUCUGGAUCUGCUGCGUUCUGCGAUACACGACACACACACUGAAGCUCAGAGUCAGCAGUUCUGUGAUCAGCUGCUGAGCAUCACGCUAACCUUCCUCAACACACAAACCAGAGUCCUCCUCAGCAGCGCUCACGAUCUGGACGUGAACCUGCAGGAGUGUGUUCAGAUUUUAGACGGCUACAUCUCGUCCCUGCGCCGGUACAUGAAGAAGUUCCCGUGGCCUGAUGGAGCCGAUGCUCAGGCCCCUGUGAGUCUGAGCGCUCCCGCCUCCCUCACCGACACACACCAGGAGUGGCAGGCGCUGUCUGAUGAGGAAGUGGUUCAGCGCGCUAUAUUGAGCGGACGGAUCCCUCACGCACAGGCCGUGCUGCGCAGACGAGGCUCUGUCGAACACCGUCUGGAGGACAUCAGGAAGACGGGACUGAGGCUCACCUUCAGCUGUCUCACUCACAGAGACCUGCGGCGCGCCAGAACGCUGCUCACCAACAUGGGCUUCAACGUGAAGGAGCAGCUCCACAGCAUCUGUGUUUUCACCGCUGAUCGGAACCUGAGGGCCUUCAUGGUGGAGGAGCUGCAGAAGCAGAACUAUCUCUCGCGUGAAGAGAUGCAGCAGGUGGAGUUCAUUCAGACCAUUGAGAGCUUGUGCUCCACGCCAGCGACGAGACGCUCCAGCCCUCUGGACGCCGACAGGGUUCUUCAGAUGAGCCGGUCCGACCCCGAGAGCAGACGACUGCUGCAGGAGGUCACACAGGAGCCGGACUCGUCCUCCUGCCGGUCUCUGCUGGAUCCUGUGCGUCUGGACUGGGUCAGGUCCUGGGACAGAGACACACAGAGCUCCAUCCUUCUGUCCCGACUGCAGCCGGCCGCUCAGGGUUCGUGGGAUGCUGCCGUUCUGUGGUCGUAUCUCAGCUCUCUUCACGAUGCUGUCCGAGCCUCGGCGUGGGUUUGCAGCUCGGCUUCGGCUGACGACCCCCGCUGGCCUGAGCUCGCCCCGGGAGUCAUCGACCAGAGCAGCCGCUGCGGACAGUACCUGCGGGAUCGGAUCCUGGACCUGCUCGCCCGACGGGGCCUGUUUGUGCAGUCGGAGAUGGAGGACUUCGAGCAGUUGCUGUGGCGACUGGGUCAAGCCGGAGGAGUGAUGCAUCAUGGGAAGGACCCUCCGGUCCUACAGGUGCAGGAUUUUCACCAGCGCUUCGUCCUGCACUGUCUGGACAACAGCCUGCACUACCUGCUCUACUGCUACCUAGAGCACUACAGUUUAACUCCCGAUAAUUGCCCAGUUUUGAGCGACAGAAACCUGUUUGAGAGUUUCCCCUGGUUUGAGAUGAUGCUGAAAUUACAGAAAAUCACCAGAGACCUUAAAGAUCCGGAGCGGGUGUUUGGGGCCAGUCUGACGGCGGCUCAGGUUCUUCUCCCCGGGAGUCAGGCCAGCAUCAGCAGCAUGUUACUGGAGGGUCACAGUCUGCUCGCCCUCUCCACCAUCAUGUUCAGACCCGGCGGCAUCGACCAGGCGGUGCGCGAGGGCGAGCGGGGUCAGGACCCCCUGAGCGGAGUGGACCCUCAGCUGCUGAGAAUGGCCCUGAGCUCGUACCCCAAGCUCAGAACGGCCCUGUUCCCUCAGAGCGGCCCUCGCUGCGACGUGUCCCUCUACCAUCUCCUGCAGUGCCUGCGUCCGCUGGACGUGUCCAGACUGUUCGGCUGGCAGGCGGCCAACGCCCCGGGCGGCAACGAAGCGUCCAGCGAGCCGCCGAACUUCUCCAGCCCUCAGCUCGUCAGGAAGUUCGCCCUCGUCCAGAAUCUGGACUUCCUGUAUUACCUGAGUCACGGCCGGCCGGCCUUCGCCCUCGGGGUGUUUCUCACGCAGCAUCUCCUCAGCGGCGGGAACGUCAAGCUUCAGGUGUCUCUGGCCGGGGAUCAGGUGUACUCCUUGGCUCUGUUGAACUUCAGCAGUGCGAGUGUAUCGGCGGCGUGUGUGUGUUUCUGUGAGCUGCUGGGUGUGUGUAGCCUGAAGCUGAGGGUGGAUCUCCGAGCGCUGAACCUCAUCCUCAGACUCUGGACUCAGAGCUGUGAGGACCAGAGAGACUCAACUUCCCUGCGGCAGGCCCUAGGGGAAAAGGCCGUGAAGCUGGUCAGUGGAGAUCGUCAGAGCGCUCAGGAGCUGCUGGUUCAUCUGGAGACGGCCGUCAGAGACGUUGUGGAGAAGAGAGGCGUCAGUCGCUCGUCGUUUGAGGCGGCUCAGGAGUGGGCACUUCCUGUCCAGUUCUGUCACCUGCACUCUCUUCCUCUAAGCCCCGCCUUCCCUCAGGACUGUGCUCGUGAUGGACAGUGGCUCAACUUCCUGUUGUUUGUACAGCUGCACAAUUACCCGCUACACCAGGUCCGGUCUCUGGCUGCCGAUUUCAGUCCGGCUCUGCAGUCGCACAUUUCUCUGGCUUUCCAAGAUCUGGAUCCGAGCGGCUCCCAGCAGGCUCUGGAGGGUCUUCUCCGAGCCGAGGGCCCCCAGUCCUCCAGAGAGCUGUUCCAGGUGCUGCUGGAGAGCCAGAACAAGCCCAGUCCCUGGAGGUUCCUGCUGUCCGAAGCGGUCCGUCAGCGCAGUCCGGCUCUGUCCGUGCUGGCGGCCUGUCAUCAGACGGCUGAGCUGCUGCAGUGUCUCUGCGUGUGGAUCGUGGCGUCUGUCGCUGAUGAUGUCACUCAGGAAGCCACCGCCCACAUCCCCGAGAGCCCCGCCCAUCACGGGAACCUCCACGAUCUGUCGGUCUUGUGGAAGACGCUGCUCUGCAGGGGCAGGAUCCGGCCUCUGAUUCGUGGGUUCCAGCUGUUUCAGAGGGAGUCUCCUCUGAUCUACAUGCUGCACAUGUAUGAGCUCUGCUCCGACUACAAAGACUAUCAGCAAGCCAAAGACAAACUGCUCGACUUCCAGAAGUGUUUGCUCAAUUUGCGCAGCAGCAGUGUGGUGUUGAGCUCUGACGUGCUCCCGGUGCAGUGGGUCGAGUCUCAGGCUUCGGUUCUUCUUCUGACGCUCCUCAAGCAGAGCCAGACUCAGUACGAGCUGCGCCGGCUGCUUCAGCUGCUGCUGGACAUGGAGAGACUGCUCAAAUCCAACGGUCCUGACUUCAGGAAGCUCAGCCGGCUGAGUCAGGUUCUGUCGGACACUCCCGUGCCUCUCUCUGCUCGUCUGCUGGACGAUUACUCCAGCGCCGGCCUCCGGGACGAGUGCAGGACCAUCAUGCAGCAGCUGCAGGAGCUCGGCCUCUUCACGCAGGCCAGGACCGUCGCCGAGCUGGCUGAGCUGCCCAUCCAUUGCCUGAUCAUAAACGAGCUCCUGCGAGAUCUGUCGUCUCAGAAGCAGAAGCGUCAGUGGGAGCGUCAGGAGACGAGGCUUGCUUUCUGGAGGAGGUGCCACAAGCAGCUGGAGACGGAUCAGGUCCAGCCCGAAGCGGCCUGUCAGUUCUUCCUGUCUCAGGCGGAGGAGCCGCUGGAGUCGGGUCCGGAGCUGCUUCAUCUUCAGGAGCGCUGUGUUCUGCUGGCUCUGGCGGGUCACUGGCUCUCUCGGCGGGCCCCUCCCGUCCCGGUCUCUCGUCUGGCGGCUCUGGAGGAGCGUCAGUGGCAGGCUCGCGUCCGCUGGCUCCUGCUUCACGCGGCUCUGGAGCGCCAGAGCCUCUUCGCGCCCUCUGCCCUCUCCCAAGACUCCUUCCAGAGCCUCCUGAAGGAGUUCUCCUUCUCCAGGAUACCUGCUCUGGACGCGCCGGCUCACCUGAGCGUCUCCGGGCUCCCGGGGCCCGAGGACGAGCGCGCGCUGUCCGGGGACGAGCGCGGGGCCCUGAACGCUCUCCUGGAGCAGCUGCUGGACGAGGGCGGCGUGAACGAGGCCAGCCGGGUCUGCAGGUACUUCGGCGUGUUUCACAGAGACGUCUGGCUGCUCCUCAAGUGUCGUGGUUUAGCGAGCGGAGAGCUGCAGCCCGAACUUCACAGCCCUGACGGAGAAACCAGACGCAGUCUGCCUUCAUCUCCUAGCAUGAGCAGCCUGUCGUCGUUCGUGGUGGUGCCGUCGCCGGACGAUCCGGUUCUGGUUCAGCUCAAACAGCUCGUGGAUCAGUGCUGCAGCGGAAAGAGUUACUGCAAACAAGUGCUGAGCCUCUACGAGCUCUCCAAGGUGAGACCGGUCUUCAGUCUCUCUCUCUCUCUCUCUCCGUCCCUCUCUCUGAAGGUUCUUCUCUCUCAGCAGGCUGAUCGUUAUAAGCGAGCUCAGGCCUUCAUCAGUGUUCAGGGUCUGCAGGCUGAAGCCGUCGCCCGUCUCGUCUCCUCCGCUGUGCUGGAAGGGUUACUCGCCUCGGCUCAGGAGGGAGAAACCGGAGAGCGGCUGAUGUACAGUCCUGCUGAUGGGAGAGAGAUGUUUCUUCAGCUGGCUAAACUGUGUGGAGACCCAAACCUGGUGGGCAGCCGACUGAUGGACAGCAUCCCGAGCGUCCCGCUCUCAGAGCUCAGCUGCACCGUGGAGAUCUUGAUUUUGGCUCACGACUGCUUCAGUCUCACCUGCAACAUGGAGGGCAUCGUGAGGGUCCUGCAGGCGUCCAGACACCUGAGUCACACGCACCUGGCUCACGGCGAGGGCUACGGUCUGCUGGUGCGUCUCCUCACGGGCAUCGGCCGCUACAACGAGAUGACGUACGUCUUUGACCUGCUCCACCAGAACCAUCGCCUCGAGAUGCUGCUGAGGAAGAAGGUCGAGUCGAACGUCCAGCUGAAGACGGCUCUGUUGGACUACAUCAAGCGGUGUCUCCCGGGGGACAGUGAGAAGCACAACAUGGUGGCUCUGUGUUUCAGCAUGCGGCGAGAGAUCGGAGAAAACCACGAGGCCGCGGCUCGAACGCAGCUCAAGAUCAUUCAAUCACAGCCCUGGGCGAUCAAUGCGGAUCUGAAGAACUCUCUGGUGAAAGUCCUGACUUUACUGAAAGACGCAGCGGAGAGCUACUCCAAGGACUCCUGUGUGCGUCAGGCGGUGAAGUGUGUGAAGCUGGCGAAGCUGGUGACUCUUCAGCUGUAUCUGUUGAAUCAGGGUCAGGAUCAGCGUGUUAUUAACCUGACUCCGGUGGAGCUGCAGGACGCCGUCGUCUCUUUACCGCGCUGUUACCAGGUGUUGGUUCUGGCCGAGGCGUACGACUACGGUCCGGACUGGGCCGAGCUCCUCUAUCAGAAGGUGAUCCUCAGAGGAGACUUCGGCUUUCUGGACGAGUUCAAGCGGCACAGAGCUCUGAGCGCAGGCCUGUUUGAAGACGUCUCCAAGAAGACGUCUCAUCACAAGGCUCCGGCGAGCUCCAGUCAGAAUCUGAAGAAGUUUCUGUCUCACUGUGAGGAUGUCUACACACAUUAUAAACUAGCUUAUGAACACAAGUUCCUGGACGUGGCCAACAUGCUGCUGCAGGACUCCAAGACCAACAGCUUCCUGAGCGACCGGCUGGGCACCUGAAACCAUCCAGACCAGAGAAACUAGCUUCUCCUUUGAAGAUCAGUUCGUUCUUUCUCUUCCCGUUGAUUUCUGUCAGUUUUCUAUGUUUGUAUCCUGAUGAGCACACUUUGCUUUUACACCAUUAACGAUAUGCAAAAUUAAAAAUGCUGUUUUUCCGCAA